GUAAAAACUAGAAAAAGCAAAAUAAAAAUGGCUUUUCAAGACUUCGACCAGAUUCAAGAACGCGUAAACCAAGAGAGAAAACGCAAAUUCAGGAAGAGAAUCAUCAUUGGGGUCGUCUCCACGCUUGUUGUUGUUGCUGCCAUUAUUGGAGGUGCUUUUGCUUAUAUUACAUAUGAAAACAAAACUCAAGAACAGGUGAAAAACACAAAGAACAACAGUAAAGAUAAAAGCUCCGACAAAAGCGAGAAUCCAAGCCAGAAACCGCCAUCAUCUGCAGCACAAUCUGUGAAACCUGGCCAGGUCGACAAAAUCAUCCAAACACUUUGCAAUUCCACUCUUUACAAACCAAGUUGCGAGAAAACUCUUAAAAACGGGACAAAGACAGAUACUUCUCUGUCUGAUCCUCGGAGCCUUUUAAAGUCUUCCAUUGAAGCAGUCAAUGACGAUCUAAGGAAAGUUUUCGAAAAGGUUUUGAAGCUUAAAACAGAGAACAAGGAUGAAAAAGACGCUAUAGCGCAGUGCAAGUUGCUUGUGGAUGAAGCUAAGAAAGAACUUGACACUUCUGUGAAAAGAAUCAACGACACAGAGGUUGAUAACUUUGCGAAGAUAGUUCCCUAUUUAGACAGUUGGCUAAGCGCAGUCAUGACUUAUCAAGAAACAUGUGUCGAUGGAUUUGAAGAAGGGAAAGUCAAAACGGAUAUACGUAAGAAUUUCAAUUCUUCUCAAGUUUUGACGAGCAAUUCUCUCGCGGUGGUCAAAUCUUUAGGCGCAUAUCUUUCUUCGGCUCCAAAGCUGAAAACGCGACAUCUUCUUGAAUCAAGAUCUUCCUCUGCUAUAGAAACAGAUCAUAUUACGUCUUGGUUAAGCAACAAGGAGAGACGAAUGUUAAAAGCUGUUGAUGUGAAUGCUUUGAAACCUAAUGCAACAGUUGCUAAAGAUGGCAGUGGAAAUUUCACAACCAUUAAUGAUGCACUUAAAGCAAUGCCUUCUAAGUACCAAGGAAGGUACACCAUUUAUAUCAAGCAUGGAGUUUAUGAAGAAUCUGUGGUUGUUGACAAGAAGAAAGCUAACGUUACAAUGAUCGGUGAUGGAUCUCAGAAGACGAUCGUGACGGGAAACAAAAGCCAAGCUAAGAAAGUCAGCACACUCCUCACAGCAACAUUUGUGGCACAAGGAGAAGGGUUCAUGGCACAUUCCAUGGGGUUCCGGAACACGGCUGGGCCAGAGGGUCACCAAGCGGUCGCAAUACGUGUCCAAUCCGACCGUUCAGUUUUCCUAAACUGUCGAUUCGAAGGCUACCAAAACACAUUAAACGCGUACACGCACAGGCAAUACUACAGGAGUUGUGUCAUUGUUGGAACAAUCGACUUCAUAUUCGGUGAUGCAGCCGCCAUUUUCCAGAACUGUGACAUCUUUAUCAGAAAAGGUUUAACGGGGCAGAAGAACACGGUGACGGCUCAAGGACGAGUUGACAAGUUUCAGACAACAGGAUUUGUGAUUCACAAUUGUACAAUUGCUCCAAACGAAGAUCUUAAACCCGUAAAAGCCGAGUUCAAGAGCUACCUUGGUAGGCCGUGGAAAAACCAUUCAAGAACCGUUGUGAUGGAAUCAACGAUAGAGGAUGUGAUCGAUCCUGUUGGUUGGCUGAGAUGGCAAGAGACGGAUUUCGCGAUCGAUACGUUGCUUUACGCGGAAUACAAGAACGAAGGUCCAAGCGGAGCAACCGCUUCUAGGGUUAAAUGGCCUGGUUUUAGGGUUAUAAACAAGGAAGAGGCCAUGAAAUAUACGGUGGGGCCAUUCUUACAAGGAGAAUGGAUCCAUGAGAUAGGGUCUCCAGUUAAGUUUGGUCUUUAUGAUGCUUGAUGCUUGCGAAACACGUCGUAGUGACCAUGUGGUGAAGAGUGAAGGUGCAUCUUGG